CUACAAGCAAUUGCGCUAACAGCCUCCUUGUUGGGCCAGCACCACGCUUUUCCUGCCAACCCCCAAAGCUCCACGCGGAGCGGCGCGCAUGCGUCAGUUGAACUGCGCUUGUCAGCGAUGUUUGGCAGAGCUGGAGAAAGUGGAAUGGCUGCAACAGGCAGCUAAGUGACAAAACCAGUGAAGUUCGACUUCGAAGUGCCAAGCCCUUUACACUGUUUGAUGUUCCUCACAUCUUUCAAAUCAUUGAACCAUGUUGUGAAAACCGCACUGCCAGGGGCUCCCAUUCUGAUGUUUUCUGGAGUGAGGGUAUUUUCUUUCGAAAAUGCCACCGCCGCCGUCUGUGGUUCCUCAGCUUUUCAAUUCCGCCUUUGCCGCAUCAAAGCCCGUACAUCCGCUGACAGGUCUUCAGAGAUGGUUGCAGCACGCAUCGCAGCCUUGUUAUGCGCCAGCACGGUGUUGGUCGCGCAGGCGUGCACCAACGGAGCACCUCAGUGGGAUCAAGGAGCAUUCACAGGAUCACUCCUGGGGGGAUCGCUGGGUGGAAUCGGGGUCGCAAUCCUCGUGGUGGUGCUGGCGUCCUUGCCCUUGUGCUGUGGAGUUCUGAAGCAGUUUGGCAAGUGGAUCGGCGCCGCUGGCAUCAUUUUGGGUCUCUUGGCUAUCAUCAUUCCUGCCUUCGGGUCUAUGGGAGCAUGUGGCCCCUGGGUGGAUGAAUUGUGCAGUGCAAGCUGUACUGGCUGCACUUCUAGCGAGAGAAGCGACAUUUCGGCGCUGUGCAAUGCCCUCGGCUUCAUCAUUGUGUACUUGGGCGCCUACGGUUGGGCCGCUAUUGUCCUUGGCAUCGUCGGUGCCUCCUUGAGCUGCUGCGUCUGCUGCGGCUGCUGCAAGGCCAAGAUGGACCAAUCGCAGGUGACGACCACACAGGUGGUGGUCAUCGGGAAGGACCAAGCAGCUGUGGUGCCUGCUCCCGCGUGAGACGACCAACCGUCACGAGACGUCAGGCCUUUUCAGGUUGGCCCCCAUUGGUCGUGAGGAGGGCUUUAUGGAAGGAGUGAGCGAUGGACUAUUUGGUCCAUUUUUGGUGAAGUUUUUGGCGCGGUCGCUUUCCAUGUCUCAGUCUUUCUGCGUUCGGGGUCAUUUCGUGGGUCAGUUCGAUUGUCUCAGUUUCUUUUCGCA